AACCCAGAUGGGAUGCCCAUCCAUCCUCACAUGUGACAUCACCUACAUCUUCUUCCCUCUAGAAACCUCAGACUUCCCACACCGCGGACCACUCACUUCCAGAUUCGUUCCGCUGACACAUUCUUGCGCCCAGCCCGCGCCAACACCAACGCCAUUGCCAUUGCCUGUCGAAUAACUACCUGCAGUACCUUACGUCGGAAAAUCACUUAAGCUUUUUGUCGUCUGCGCAUUCAGCGAUGAUGGCUUGAAAUCCCCUUGCAACACCUUUUCUUCUUCCUUCUCUCUUAGACAUACUCGUUCCUGCCGCGCCACGGCUUCUACCUUAGAUUAACCUCGUUCCAAUCGCGCAAUCACGAUGGCUAUCCCUUUCAUUGGGCGAUUGAACAUCGUCGAAUAUUUAGCUCUAGUGGGGUCCUUCCUACUUGUCGGGCUCGAGGCUAUCAUCCGUAUCCUGACCUUGGCUCUGCCUUCGCCGCUCAUCUCGCUCUUCUAUAGAGCUUCCCGUCGUUUAUUUAACCGAUUCUCGACACCGGAACAGAAGCGCGCCGAGCAGAAAAAGAAAUCCAUCUCCACCUCUGUGAGAGACGCCUCCGACUUUGUGGACCUUUGCCGUCUGUAUGGAUAUGAAGCCGAGGAGCACGUCCUCCAGACCAAGGAUGGGUACUUGCUUGGUCUGCACCGGUUGGCAUGGAAGAAGGGCGAAGAGGAACAAAAGAUCAACAGCGGGCCGGGAAGUUUGAAGAAGAAGGUCUUGUACCUUCACCAUGGGCUGCUCAUGAAUUCCGAGGUGUGGGUCUGCUUGACCGACGAGCAGCGAUGUCUUCCUUUUGUGCUCGUCGAGAAGGGCUACGAUGUUUGGCUUGGCAAUAACCGCGGCAACAAGUACUCCAAGAAGUCGGUACAUCACUCGCCCAAGUCGACUGAUUUUUGGAACUUUACGAUCGACGAGUUCGCCUUCCACGAUAUCCCGGACAGCAUCUCUUACAUCCUAGAGACAACUUCGCAGGAGAGCUUGUCGUACAUUGGGUUCUCCCAAGGAACUGCUCAGGCGUUUGCCACCCUUGCUAUCCACCCGAAGCUGAACCAGCAGGUCAACGUCUUCAUUGCCUUGGCUCCGGCUAUGUCGCCAGCAGGUCUCUCCAACGGAAUCGUCGACGCUCUGAUUAAAGCCUCACCUCAGGUUCUGUUCCUCCUCUUCGGCCGCCGAUCCAUCCUCAGCUCCGCCACCAUGUGGCAGUCCAUUCUUUACCCGCCCAUCUUUGUUAGAGUCAUUGAUAUGGGCCUUUCAUUUUUGUUCAAUUGGCAGACGAAGAACAUCACCCUCAGCCAAAAGCUUGCAGCAUAUCCUCAUCUGUACUCCUUCACCAGCACGAAGUGCGUGGUUCACUGGUUCCAGAUUAUCCGGAACAAGUCGUUCCAAAUGUACGAUGACGACGUCCACCCACCCAUGUCGAUAAGCUCUUCUAGCAAGUACACCAAGGUCGCGAAAUACCCCACACGAAACAUCAAGACGCCCAUCGUUCUUGUUUACGGCGGUAGCGAUUCAUUGGUCGACAUCAAAGUGAUGCUCAAGGAGCUCCCAUCCCAGACAAUAGCCACCGAGAUUCCCCAUUAUGAGCAUCUCGACUUCCUAUGGGGUAAAGACAACAAUGUCAAGGUGUUCCCUCACGUUUUCGAUGCCCUCGACAGUUUCACCGAUGCUCAACAUACCAAGGAGGAAUAUGACCGGUAUCAGCUGGCGAGGCAAGAGAGUCUCAUGGGGUCUGGGAAUGCAUACAAGAAACACGCUUACAGGGACAGCGAUGUUUCUGGCGAUGUCUCUGCCAGCGAAGCUUCGAAUGCCGUGGACGAGGGCCGGAAUGGCAACGGUGUCGAGAGUGUGGAGACCCCCUCUCCCCAAAACAAGAUUCGGGAUCGUCCCUCGGGGAUUCCUUCCCCGUAUAACACCACCCGCCUGCGCACUCCAUACUCCCAAGUUGCAGCCGACGACGAGUCACCGUCGCCCUCUCCAGAUAGGCCUUCCAGCCGCGCAGCGGAAGGCGAGGAAAGACCGGACAGCUCGCUGGACACUCGCGAGUCGCCAACGUCCAAGCUCAAGGGCAUUGGCGUCCGUCGCGGAAGUGGAGGCAGCCACCUGAGCCUGGAUAGUAUGCGCGAAGGAAGGGGUAUCAGUCUCGGGACGAGUAAGGCUCUGGGCGGCGUGGUCACCAAGAAUCCCAUUGACCCCAAGGGGCUUGCGAAUAUGGUUCCUGAUGAGAACAAGACUGGUGGGAAGAAGAAGAAGCGCGUGACAGUUGCGCCGUAGGUAUUGAAAGCUAUGGACCUGGGAGGUGUAGGAUAUGGCUUGGAUCAAGGCGGCAAAACAGCACAUCUUUCGUAGUGUAAUGUAUUUCACUGUACUCAUCCUGAUUUGACCAAACGGCGAACUGACUCCCGGUGCUUCGCUCGUCUCCCUCUUCUGAUGCCACAUGGUCUUCACCUCCGUACCUAACAAGUUAUCAGUCUGGACAUUUCUUGGCGACUACUAAAGUGAGAAG